AUGGACCCAAGUCGUGGGCAAGAUGGCCAUCUACAGAAGGACUUUUUAGCUUUCCUGUUUCCGGAAUCUUCCUCUGACCAACAACGCAGCCACGAGUCUCAGCAGAACGACAUCAUAAACACAACCGCUAUGCACGGUCAACGCCCGUCAUCUGGAAUGCCCAACUUCACCGGAACCACCAACCUACCUCCUUUCAAUCAACAAAUUGAUCUUAUGAGCAUGAGUAACCUCAUGUCUAUGCAGGGCAUGGACACCACAUCACUUCCGGCCCUGCCAAAUUCCACGGGCUUCACUCCACAGGUCAUUUUUGAACAGCAGUACAAGCUUACUCAGCUGCACCAGCUGCAGCAACUUCAAAGUCAAAUCCAGAACCAGAUUUUCCAGCAGCAGUUCCUUAACCGUAUUAGCUCACAAUUCUCCAAUACUUCUCCUCAAGACGUGUACUCAUCCCACGUGCUGGACCCUGUCUCGCUACCUUCUCCCCACGACACUUCCGUUUCUCAGCAAUAUCUUCGCGACACGCGCCAUCCAGGUUCUAGUUCUGCACCUGCCCACAUUGCCUUUCAUCGCACGAGCCCUUCCAUACCGCUUCCCUCACCCCCAGACCUUGACAUUGAUAUUUCUCCGCUGACGAGCCCCUGGCUUGAAGCAUAUCAUACUCAACGACCCCCGAAUAAGCGCACGAUAUCACCAAGUGCAGAAGAUGCGGCACGGGCGGUGCGAAAGCGGGGGCUUACCUCCACCACUUCUCCCGCGCCAACACUGAAACAAUCCACGAGGUAUGCCAAGAGUGCGACCAAUACCCCUCUUCUGCGCUCGACAAAAUCCCGCAGAGAUAGCACGAUUAUGGAGACAGAUUCGCCGUCACCUGUCGACUUAUCGAUGCCGCCCCCCGCGCCUCCGGCACCUCGCCAAUCCCCUCCCAAUCCUGCAGCAACGAGCACUCAUGAAGGGACAUUGCCAAUGACUCCUGUUACUCCUGCAAGCAUAAUGAAUCUUGGCCGUCUCGGUAUUAGCAGUAGCCUCACCACAGCUCCAGCGCCCACAUCUCAGAAAGCUGAUAGAGCAAAAGAACCCGCUAAAGCCAAGAUAGCGCCCGACAGCGGUGUAUCAACAAAAUGCUCUAAGAAGGGCUCAAUGCCACUUAUCAGUCCUGGACCUAAACCGAUUUUACCAGCUGGCACGCCCUCAUCUCUAAAUUCAGGCUCUUCUGCACUCCUACCUGCUGUCCCCAAUCGCAAGUCGCACAAGGACGCCGAACAAAAACGUCGUGAUUCUCUGAAGACUGCUUACGACGAUCUGCGCAUUCUACUCCCACCAGUUCCGCUACCUUCAGACGACAACUUCCCUGAUGAACCGAUCCUUCCGGGUGCUCUACCUCCGAGGGGGCCACCGAAAGCUGGCGGGGAUGGUCCAAAUAAAGGAGUCAGCAAGCUGCAGCUGUUAAGAUGCGGGAACGAUUAUAUCCGAACACUCAAGGGUCGGGUAGAGCGUCGAGACAGCGAAAUCUCGAAUCUGAGAAGAGAGGUACUGAGACUGCGUUCCAUUGCUGGAGAUGCAGACGGAGGAGAGCACAUAGACCUAGAAAAUGAUCUCGACGCCGUUGAAGCUUUUGCGACUUUCCGCCAAUCAUCACUAGGUGCCGUUGCGGAGGGGGAAGACGCGGACGACGCGGAAGAGUGA